AUGGAGGACAAACACAAAUGGUUCUAUGGUUGGGUUUGUAACCUAUCUUUUCCUAUUCAAUUUAUUUUUGCUACUGCUUCUGGUGCUGUCCAAGGAGGUGGUAUUGGUGCUUCUGGUGCUGUCCAAGGAGGUGGUAUUGGUGCUCCAUAUGGAACCCUGGCUAAGUUGAAAGUCGUGCAUAAUCUCAUUCCUUCAAAAGUUUUCGUCAGUGCUUGUAUACAAGCUCGUGAUUUCUCUGCUUUAAUGGCAACGGAUGGUGCUAUGUCCUGUGUUGGUAAAAGAAUUACAGGGAAAUAUGAUAUCCAGGCUAGAAUGAUGACAACUUUUGUUGCUGGAUUCAUGUUUCAACUGUUUAGGAAAAGGUCUGGUGCUGAUGCAAUAAUCUAUGGAGCCAUUUUUGCAGCUUGGCAUGGCAUUUUGCACAAGGAAGGGCCUCUGAUCAAGGUUCUUUUCGAGGCUCCAGAGAGUUUGGUUUGUAAAGAUUCGUCUAUGUUUGCCACUACCAAAAUCAGAUCAGAGUUUGUUAGAGAAUUGCUCGGUUGA